AGACUAUUUUCUCUCAAGCACUUUCCUUCCAUCCUUCUUUUAUAUUCCUUGUUCCUUCCAAUAUAAAAAUCAUUCCUUCUUACUCAAAACCAAGAGAAAAACGUCUCGUCGAUGGCUCUUGAAACGUUGAAUUCUCCAACUUCAGCACCUCCACUGCUCCAUCAUGAUGACAUGGUGGACCUCCACUAUGUUGAGCCAUGGACUAAGAGGAAAAGAACGAAACGACCCAGAAUUGAAAACCCACCUACAGAAGAAGAAUACUUAGCUCUUUGCCUUCUCAUGCUGGCUCAGGGAACCACCGCCACUACCAGAAACAACCCCUCUGCCGCCGCGAAAAUCUCCCUCAAUCAUUACAAGUGUAAAGUUUGUAACAAAGCAUUUCCGACUUAUCAAGCUUUAGGUGGACACAAGUCCAGUCACCGGAAACUUGUCAUUGGAGCUGACGGACACCCUACCACCACCGCUUCUGCUGAAGAUAAAUUCUCUGCUUCCGGUUCCGUCAUAGCCACGACGACUAGAAAUUCAACUCCUCCCAUGGUGAACAACCAAGGUGGCAAGACUCACACGUGUACGAUCUGUUACAAGACGUUUUCGUCUGGUCAAGCCUUGGGAGGACAUAAACGAUGCCACUACGAUGCUGGCACCGGCAGCAGCAGCAACAAUAACAGCGGUAGCGAUGGUGUUAAAUCAUCGAGCCAAAGUCAACGUGACUUUGACUUGAAUUUACCUGCUGCCCCCGAGGAAACUAGUAUUGAAGAUGUUCAUCGGAAAAAUAAAUUUUCCGGCAACGAUGAGGAGGUGGAGAGCCCUUCCGCCGACGGCAAACCACUGCGACCACCACGUUUAUUGAAUGAUAUUGUAAAAGAUCAGAUUUGGAUUCGGUGAAUGAUUGGAGUGGACUUUGUUGUUGUUUAUUUUAUUUUUUCCAAUUUAA